GGCAAGGCCAGCUCUACCACCCUACUCGUCUUGUCUCAGCCUCUACCCACCUCCGUUUCUAGCCCAACUCCUCCCUUUCUCAAGAGAAAUUUUGAAUGCUUUUAUCAGAUUUUGGCAUUGAAGCUUUGUUGUGCUAUUCAUCUUGGUAUAGGGCUGAAUGCUGUGUUCUUUUGGUGGAUUGACAAAUAAGAAGUAUAGUUAGAAUACUUGGUAAGAUGGGCAGAUGGAGUCGGCGUAAAGAAAAACAUGAAAAAGGUGGUGAGCUCCCACAACAUGAUUCCCAUGAAGGAACUUCUGCCCGGACAAGGCCUUUCAGCUAUGAUGAGAUUAUGUUUAAGAGGAAUAAUAGAAAGCUUAAUGAAAAUGCUGAAAGUGUCAAAGAAGGAAAUACAGAAGUAGGGAAGAUAGCAAAGGUCAGUGUAAUCCAGAAUGAUUCUAAUGUUAACAAUUCUGAAGGAGGACACAGACAUGGUAAAGAUUUUUCUCCUGGUGAUGGAAAGCGUUUACCAGAGGAAUUGGAGAAGAGAAAUUCCCACAAGAAAGGAGAGAAUGCAUCUAGGAGAAAAGAUAGCCUGCCUAACCAGAAAAAUAGGGAGAACCUUGCGUCGGAAAAAAAAUUGAAGUCUGAAGUGACAAAAGAUAUAGGUGUUAAGGAUGAAGGCAAAUAUGAGAAACAAAUCCAUGUGAAGAGAAAAAAUGAGCGACCAGCUGGUGGUUUUGAAACUAUAGAUGCUAAGAAGCAUUCAAGAGAUUUAGUGGAGAGGGAUAGACAUGCAGGCAGAAUGGAGGGAAAAUAUGAGAGAGAUAGCAAGAGAAAACAUCAAACUAGAGAUGAUGAAGGAAAUAGAGAAAGGAAUACUGCAAAGAAACAUGAUAUGCAGAAGGGGCAUGCUUCAGAAACUAUUGAGAGAAAGGAGAAGAAAGAAUCAUCGAGAUCUCAUUAUGAGGAAUCACACCAUAAAAGGAGGCGGUCACACAGUCGAGAGCGUGAGCACAGGCAUAGAAGAUCUAUUUCACUAUCUCCACAAGCACACAAGCGUGCAUCUUAUCAUGUCUCAAAGCAUGAACCGUUCUCACAUGGCCCUAAAGAGAGGUCUGGAAGACAGAAUUUUGAUGACAGGAGCAGAAUGACCAGUAAUGGUUCAAGUGGUCACCAUAGGCGACAUGGUGGCUCCACAAGUGGUCUUGGUGGCUACUCUCCAAGGAAGAGAAAGACUGAAGCUGCUGUUAGGACACCCUCCCCAGCUUAUCGUUCGACAGAGAAGAGAACAGCUAAGUGGGAUCUUGUGCCUGCAGAAGCAGAAAAGAUUGUUUCUGGUUCAGUUUCUUCCAAUUUACAGGCAUCAAGCCAAACAGUUUCCUUAAAUAUGCAUGCAGUAGUCAGUGCUGUUCCUAGUGUUUCAACUACAGGGAAGCCUUAUGUUGUGUCUUUGACAAACUCUUUAUCAUCAAAGCAGAAUGUCUCCGUCGACUCAGUUCAGCUAACAGAAGCUACCAGGCCUAUGAGAAGGCUUUAUGUAGAAAAUUUGCCAGCUUCAGCCUCUGAGAAAGCUAUUAUGGACUCCUUGAAUAAUUUUUUGCUCUCAUCUGGCAUUAAUCAUGUUCCAGGAGCCCAACCAUGUAUUAGCUGCAUUAUACACAAAGGAAAGGGCCAAGCUCUUGUUGAAUUCCUUACACCAGAGGAUGCUUCUGCAGCUCUUUCUUUUGAUGGCAGUAUCUUCUCUGGUUCCAUUCUCAAAAUCAGACGGCCUAAAGACUUUGUAGAAGUGACUGGUGAACUGGAGAAGUCGGAAGCAGUCACUAAAGUCAGUGAUUUUGUGAAGGAUUCACAUCACAAGAUCUUCAUUGGUGGGAUUUCAAAGGCUCUUUCAUCUGAGAUGCUUGUGGAGAUUGCUAAUGCCUUUGGUCCUUUGAAGGCAUAUCACUUUGAGAUCAACGAGGAUCUUGGUGAACAAUAUGCUAUUCUGGAGUAUGUAGACCAAUCUGUUACUCUCAAAGCCUGUGCUGGUCUGAAUGGAAUGAAGUUGGGAGGGCAAGUAAUCACUGCAGUUCAGGCUGUUCCCAAUGGCUCAUCCUUGGGAAAUGGCGGAGACCGACAAUCCUGUGUUAUCCCUCAGCUUGCUAGGCCACUUCUUCAGAAGCCUACUCAAGUCCUUAAGCUUAAAAAUCUGUUCCCAGAAGACUUUUCAUUACUAUCUGAAGCAGAGGUAGAAGAAGUACUAGAAGAUGUACGGUUAGAGUGUGCUAGGUUUGGUACUAUUAAAUCUGUUAAUAUUGUCAAGCAUGCCAACACUAUCAUUGCCACCGGAGAUAAUGAAAUAAAUGAUAAUACAAGGGAAACUGGGGCCAGGCUGAACCUAGAAAAUGAUGAAAUAAAUGUUCAAACAGAGACAAUGGAAGAAGUUGCUGAUGGAAAGUCUGGAGGAACUGCUCGGGUAAAAUUUCCAAGUGAUGCUCAAGAGGAAAAGGCUGGCGACAGCAUUAAUGAUGAGAAACCUCUGUGCAAACUUGUGGACAAUGAGUCAUGUCGACAAGGUGAGUUUGAAGGUAAUAUCAAUAAGGAAGACCUAAGCCAUGAGAGCUUGGAUACUGAGCCAUGUCUGCCUAGGGGGCUUGACAGCAACAUUGCUGCUGGAGCUCACGUUGAUACUGAAAUGGCUGUUGAAGAUCUGGCCUCGGAGACUGUAGCCAUGACAGUUUCUCAAGAGGUUCAGAAGCUGAUGAAUGCCUCAAAAGAGGAAUCAGAUUAUUAUUCUGGCAGGAAUGCUGAGAAUAUUAAAAGUGAAGCCAUCAAUGUUGACGAGAUAUUAGCAGCUAAAGAAUCAAAUCUGGAGGAAGUUGAUGGAAAGUUACCAGAAGGAUGUCCUAAUACUGAGGUGGCUGUUGAAGAUCCUGCAUCUAAGAGUGUGCUAAUUUCAAUUUCUCAGGAGAUCCCUAGGAUGCCAAAAACCCCAAAAGAGGAGCAAGACUCUCAAUGUGACAAGGUUGCUGAUAAUAUUCAAAUUGAAGUCAUAAAUGUGGAAAAGAAAUUGGUGCCCAAAGAAGAUCUGGAGCUGAAGGAAGUUGAUGGAAAGUUUCCAGAAGCUGUUGAUGUUUCUGCUGGUAGUGUGAGAAUAGAAUCAGAUACUAUUGAGAAGGAUGAAAAUAGGGAGAACAAUUUGCAACAAAUGUUUGAGCCUGGCUGUGUGUUUGUUGAGUAUAGGAGAAUAGAAGCAUCAUGCAUGGCUGCUCACUGUAUACAUGGACGGUUAUUUGAUGACCGGAUUGUGACAGUGGAGUACAUUGAUCCAGACCUUUACGGGGUGAAAUUUCCAAAAUGAAAUGGAUCAUUGCAAUUGGAGAUACACAAUUGCUUCACAUGACCUUUAAAACUCCAUGCGUCCCUAUUUUUGUAGUAUGUUCAUCAGCAUCAUCAUGCUACAUUGGAAUUUUGCAUAUCACUACAGUAGGCCGUGGCCAUAUGACACUAGAGAAUCUUACUUUGACUAGCUUGGCUUAGAAUUUUUUUCAGAGGUAGAUUGGCUACGACUUGUCCGAACUCUUUAGUGCGUGUCUGUGUAGGAAAGGACCCUUUGUAUUUAAGGGACCGGAUAGAUCUAUCCGACCAGCUUCAUGGUGUUUGCUGCAUAUACCAACUCUCUGUGGACCCAAAACUUCUCCAUGUACUUUUAUUUGACAUUAUCAUUGUAAAAGUAGAUAUACUACUGAUGCUUGGACGUUUGUGUAUUAAACACUAGCACCUUUAUAGUCUCGUAAGGAUAGGGCUUCUGAGUCUUUAUUCCUUUCAUCACCAUUAAUACAGGGUUAAUCCAUGAUAUCUUUGAUUA